UCCUGUAUUCUAAUAUGGUAAUAUCUCCAUGUUCAGAAGUGCCAUUCUUACAGGAUGAUAUUCUUUUCAUUUAUUUAUUUUCCAAACUUGCAUUCUCAGAAUAAUUGUAAAGGGGCAUUUCAUUUUCAGCUCCUUACUUUUGAAUAUAACUUUAAUUGUGACUUUUUACAUUUUUCCACUUUUUGUUGAAUCUGCUAUCAACUGUUACCUGUAUAUUGCUGACUCUACAUUGUAAAUGGUGCAAAUCUACACACAGCAAGUAUAUAAGAAAUCCUUAGCACUCUUACUUGUUUUGCCUUCUAUGAACAAACUCUGGAAAAUAUUUUCCUCCUAUGAAUUCACAGAUGUUAAAAACAGCAAAUAUUCUUUUCAGAAAUGCAUCUGCUUUUCCAUGGGUUUAAUCACUGCAACACUUUUUCCUUUGAGUUUUAUGGAAUGAUAAACCAGUGAAGCCGCAGGUGGACUUGCCAGACAUUUGGUUAAUUUCUUUGUGGAGGGUGGAGGCCCUAGUUCUUUUAUAAACAUCUGCUCAGUGAUACCAUUUUCAGAAAAAGCCUUCUAGAAGCCAGUGGGUGUGUUCUUGGUUGAUGCGUUUUUUGGCAUGCUGAAAGGAGUGUGAACUAUAAGGAGAAGUGCUCAACUCUGGCCAGAGAGCAUGCAGAAUUGGUAGGACAGUAAGAGGAAUGGGGUGUUGGGUUGCAAGUAAUAAUAAUUGCUCAUAUCUGAAAGAGCAACUGGCAUUGUUUCUCAAGGCCUGGAUGAACAGGCGACUGUUGGUUUAUACAAGACUAUACAUUUCAAGAAUAAGAGCAUUAUAAUUCUUGGACACUUGAUUGUUGCCAGGGGUCUGAGCCUCUCUGAAUAGGUUAUGCUUUUUACAUUAAAUGAAUGCAAGUCCACACAUGAUUAUAAAAUAACCUGUGUAUAGAAAAUACCACAGCUAAUUUCACAUUAUAACCUUAAACAUGAAUUUCUUAAUCUUCUGUAUUGGUAAGAUUGGAAAAAAAAUGAUAAACCUGGGCCAUAAUGUUAUUGUCUUAGCACUUUGUAUAUUACACUAUGGAUCUAAAAAUAAUGCAUUAUGGUGCAAGGGCAGUAAGUAUCAACAGAUGUGGAAAUUUUUCUGUUUUUUUUUUUUUUUAUCAAGCCUUUUUUAAUACUUUUAAAUCUUUUAUCUGAAAUUUGACUUUGAUUUAUUAAUUGACUGAUUGCUGGCAUUCAUGGUGAGGUUUGGCUCAGGAUGAUAUUACCAUCUACAUAGUCUACUGACAUAUACAGGGCAGAAGCAUUAAACAGCUUUUUGUAUAUUAAAUCUCAUGUAUAAUCUGUUCAAAACAAUAUGAAAAUCUAGAGGUAAAACCACACAGUUUGUUUGCUUAUUUACAUUUUUGGUCAUUUGUAAUUCAGGUAAGAAAUUGGUUAAUUAAAAUUCACUUUUUUUCCUUAUUGCAUGUGUUUGUUUUUGAGCACACUCUUAGGCCAGCAUAGAUAUAGGGUUCUUUCAGUGAGGAUUUGUUUUCGGGGGAAGGCUUAGCACACCCAUUGUGGGAGACACCCUAGUGAAGGUCUAUUGUAUGUUCAUGCCUCAACCACCUCCUUUUGAUCUAGAGAAACAGUGUUUGUACUCUCAAGUAACUUCUUGAGCUCCACACCGUGCUGUAGAUAAAGAGCCAAGCACCCCUGUGCAGGAACCUCAUUUUAACUCGCUAAACUCAAGAACUUUUGUGACCAAAGGAGUGAAAUCUAAAGUCCACAUAUAAUACAAGCAUAAAAAUGUACACCAACUGCUCAAUCAAAAGCUUUAUCUAAGAGCUUGGUUCACAAUUUGUGAAAAGCUGCCACCAUUGUACAAAAUCAUUGGGCAGUUUUACAAUCCAACUCCCUUAAUUUAUUAACUAGAUCCUGUUAUUUUAACUCUUGCUCAGCAGGGCUGAAGGAUUUCUUGACUUGCUCAUGAUUUCUCAGACUGGUUUCAAAUUUCCAAAGAAUCACAAACUCGGCACAUUUGUACAGCCAUUUGACAUACAAUCUGGCAGUGAAGGUGAAUGUUUUUCUAGAUAUGCCAAGUUCAGCUGCAGUCUCUGUCCACGUCUCCUUUUUCUAGUCUACCAUGGUACAACAGACACACGACAAACAGAAUAGCUUUUCUUUGCAGCUGCACCGUAUGCAUGGCCCUUGCCAAACAGUUGUCAUUGUCUGCAGCUCUUGCACAUCCCUACAAUUAAACAGUGAAGGGAUGUCACAAAAAACAAACAAAAAAAAAACUCUGACUUGAUAAACCAUACCUGACAGUUCCCAAUGAGCCAAUUCUACUAUAUGUUUCAGUUCCCAUUGACAAAACAGGAAGCAAUUCCAUUUUUGUUUUUACAAACAUAGCUGCAAAAACAUGUGUAAAUACUAGGAAAAGGAGGGUAGAAUGGUUGGUUGCCAUAACUAUCCACUUAUGAGAUUGGCGCUUGGUUGGUGCCAACCCAACACAGACUGACAACGGAGGCACGUGUAAAAAAAAAAAAAAACCUAAAUUUUUCUUCAGCCGUGGGACACAUCUUCUGUGUCCCACCAGCCCUAACACAGUCCUCAAAAUACACACACAAAGAAGGAAAAAAAAAAACGCCACACACCAAAUCAUCUACCUCCUCCUGACUCUGGCACCCUUAGUAGUGGCUGCAGGUCCAUCUUGUAGCCCACCCAGAAGUGCUGCAGGUGCUCACUGACCUACUUCUGGCUGCACUUCGUGUGGCUGCGCUCCUGCCCAGAUGGGCUCGUUAAGCCAUGCAGCUCCCCCUGGCGCAGGGCACAGAGCCCAACCAAGAUGAGCUCUGGUGUUCCACGACAGUGGCCCCAACGCAACCCAGGGGGACUGCCAACAAAAGGUUCCGAGGGACGUAGCAUGGCUUCCAUGGCUGCUCCCCCGGAUCUCGUGACAAAGGGGUGUCCUGGCCAUCCACCACAGUGCCCCUCUCUCAGCUGAUCCCCGUGGGGCACAGGGGCUUGUCCCGUAAGGGCUGGUCUCCUCCAGGAUGGGGAGUUGACAUCCUCCUGUCCACGGCCCUGUCCUGCAGCAACAAAAGCAGGAGGUGCUGCCCUAGCACCUGCAUCCUUCACACAACACCUCCAGCCAUGGGUACAGCGGUUGCACUCAAAGCAAUGCCGCUCCCCUCUGGUGCAAUCCCUGCGGGACCGAAAACAGGACAGUAAGUCCUGCCCCUACAUCCGCCCAGCUGAGGGUGGCUGGUGGUUCCGCCCCUCCCCAGCACAGCCCUCCACUGUCUGCGAGCAGACGGGCUUACGCUGCGCACUGUUUGGAGGCCCCUUUUUCCGGGCUCUCCUCUUGUUCUGGGGUGCACCAACAGUCUGGGUCCCCUUAUGGGAAGAAGAGGGACCCCAUGCCGUCUGCACCCCUUUGGACGCCCACGAGACCAGUGCUCCUGCACACUCCUCUGCUGCGCUGUCAGUGCACAGGUUGGGGAAGCUCCUCCAGCUCCUGUACAGCCAAACACAGGUUAGCUUCGUCGGCUGGCAGUGGACUCGGACUUGCCUCAUUCCACCUUACUGACCAAGAGUCCUGCAGCUCCUGUUCCUUCUCCACCGAUGCCCUCAGGGUUUCAUCGGGUUUGGGGCAGAGGUUCGUCGCUCCCACUUGUACUUUACAUACGGGAAGAUGACAACCAUUCUCCACCCCCUUACCUGCCACAAGGAAGCGACUUCGCUCCUCCACAAUAGGGAAAGCUGUGUCGGGGAAAUCAUCCGGGAGCUCCUCCUCCACCUGCUGACCUGUGGAGAAAACAGGGACCGGACCUACCUCGCUUGUCACGCUGUGAAUCCGCGCCACCGACGCAGACCUAGGCCACCAGCGGGUCACCACACAAAGCCCCAAAAGACAGACCGGAAUCCUGCCCGCUAUGCCAGUGUGAGAUUGGCACUUGAUUGGCACCGACCCGAGAGACUGAAAACGGAGGCACAUGUAAACACAAACAAAAAGAACUUUUAAUUUCUUUCUUCAGCUGUGACCCACCAGCCUUAACACAGUCCUAAAAUACACACAAAGAAACAUCACCCAAAAGCACACUCUUUGUCUUCCACUCCUCCCAACUCUGGCAUCCUGAGUAAUGGCUGCAGGCUCUCUUUAUAGCCCACCCGGAAGUGCUGCAGGUGCUUGUUGACCUACUUCUGGCUGCACUUCUGGGUGUGGCUCUGGGACGGGCUCGUUAAGCAGUGCAGCGCUAUGCAGCUCCCCCUGGUGGAGGCCGAGAAGCUCAACCAGGAUGAGCUCUUGUGUUCCACGAAAGUGGCCCCGGUGCAACCCAGGGGGGCUGCCAACAAAGGUUCCGAAUGACGUAGCAUGGCUCCCAUGGCUGCUACCCCGGAUUCAGUGACAAAGGGGCACCCCGGCCCUCCGCCACACACUAUACAAUAGUUCUUCAUAGAUGUAACAUGAUCAGGUCUGGAAAGAGAUACUGAGGAACAUUGACCAACAGUAUAUAUUCCCAUUAGCAGCAUAAGUAAGAUAUUCUGGUAGUCGUAUACAGACUAAUAAAGGGAAAUACUGAUCGAAAACUGAGUAUAUUGAGUCUACCAUAGAAUUUCAUUCUUUACUAUGUCAAAUUGCAUGGGUACCUAAAAUCUUGCCUAGUGGUCUCUCCACACCAUAAUGCAGUAUUGGUGAAAAGGCUUACAUCUCGCACGCAGGAGAAACGGUUGGCUGGCUUUCUGCUGCUGGCCAUCUCCAUGUUUUGCUUGUCGUUUUAAGAGCUAAGCUGUUUUAAGAGUUAGUGUCUCUAGCAGAACUUCAUAUUGUCUUCCGAGAAGAUCACGUCUCAUCUUCCAUGUCUCCCUCCCAAAGAUUUUUUUUUUAUAAUAGAGAGAUAACAUUGAAACCAUAAAAGGAUGAGUCUUGAGUUCUAGACCACGUUGGCCACAUUUAAUUUUAUAAUGUUGCAUUUGCUUUCCUAACUAAUAUAUAUAGCUAAAUCAGAAAAAAAUCAUUAUAAAUUGAGGGGUAAAAACUGUAUUACAGUGGAAAGCUGGCAUUGUGAAAUUAUUUUUACUGAAACAGUACAAGUAACAGGAGUCAACAUCAUCAGCAUUUUCAAAAUGUUGCCUUGGAGUACGUGGUUUUUUUUUUUUCACCCUAAAUAUCUUGUCAUACUUGGUACAUUAUUAUUAAAGGUUUGAUCAAGGCUCUUUAACCUUUGUGUCUCUAAUAUAUACAUGUACUGUAGAUGUUCUAAAUAAGCUAAAAAGCUAAUGCAUGUUUCUUUUGUUUUUUGGUAUUUUUGUGAGCAAACUGAAAAUGGAGAGCUUCUGUAAACCACACUUGAACAGCUGUAUGGACACCAUUCCUAUGAUAUUCAGGGGGAAUUUAGGGUGAAGUCUCUGCAUUCAGAAGCACUCUGUGAAGAUCCAACUGUGAAGACCCUACUCAUUAGAAGCUGAGAUUCAUUCCCUUCACUCUUUGAUGCUGCCUUAUCAUCAUUUACUGAGGAGUACAUUUACCUUAAAGUCUCUGGCGGCUAUGGAAACCAAGAGGAUGUGCAGACGGUUCACCAUGGCUGGAGUUCACUUGAUUUUGGCUAUGUUGCUGAUUUCUUGCACUUCCAAGUUCUCGGUGGAAGGAAAUUCUUGGUGGUCAUUAGCCAUGAAUCCCAUUCAGAGGCCAGAAAUGUAUAUCAUCGGAGCGCAGCCACUGUGCAGUCAGCUUACAGGGCUUUCCCAGGGCCAGAGGAAGCUGUGCCAGCUGUACCAGGACCACAUGGUCUACAUCGGCGAAGGAGCGAAGAUGGGAAUCAAAGAGUGCCAAUUUCAAUUCAGACAGAGGCGGUGGAACUGCAGCACUGUGGAUAACACGUCUGUGUUUGGCAGGAUCAUGCAAACAGGCAGUAGAGAAACUGCUUUCACCUACGCAAUCAGUGCAGCCGGUGUGGUGAACGCUAUCAGCCGUGCUUGCAGGGAAGGUGAGCUGGCCACCUGCGGUUGUAGCCGGGAACCCCGACCAGAAGGCCUACACCGAGACUGGCUUUGGGGAGGCUGUGGAGACAAUGUCAACUAUGGCUAUCGUUUUGCAAAGGAGUUUGUCGAUGCCCGUGAAAGAGAGAAAAAUUUUCCAAAAGGCUCAGAGGAACAUGCCCGCACCCUUAUGAACCUGCAGAACAAUGAAGCUGGGCGAAAGGCUGUCCAAAAACUCGCAGAUGUGGCCUGCAAAUGUCACGGAGUGUCAGGUUCCUGCAGUCUCAAGACAUGCUGGCUGCAAUUGGCUGACUUCCGGAAGGUAGGAGAAUUCCUCAAGGAGAAGUAUGACAGUGCAGCUGCCAUGAAGAUCAAUCGCAAAGGCAAGCUGGAGCUGGUCAACACUCGCUUCAAUCCUCCCACCUCCGAAGACUUGGUGUACAUCGAUCAAAGUCCAGACUACUGCCUGCGGAACGAGACCACUGGUUCCCUGGGCACACAGGGACGUCUCUGCAAUAAGACAUCUGAGGGGAUGGACGGCUGUGAACUCAUGUGCUGUGGCCGGGGUUAUGACCAGUUCAAGGCCUACCAGUAUGAGCGCUGUAAUUGCAAGUUCCACUGGUGUUGCUAUGUGAAGUGUAAACGGUGCUCAGAAAUGGUAGACCAGUUUGUCUGUAAAUAGGACUGAGAGACCGUGGCAAAGAAGAAAACAUUUACUUAAAUAAAUGGAAAAUAAUUUAUAACUUUUUUAUUAAAAAAUGGAAAAAGGAUAAAAAAAAAAGGUUUUCUUUUAAGGAAGGGUCCUGUACCUUUUCCAGUUAAUACAUGCCUGUGUGUAACAACUGACUGGUUCUGACAUUUCUUGAAGUUAAAAAAUAAGAUACCCCAACAAGUCACACUUCUGGUUCUGUGUGUCAGACAGUCCGUCCAUUUCCCCAUUUUUCUGAAUAAGACGUUCCUGAAUGUUACUUUGGGCUGUUCAUUUGAAGUCUCUUUGGUUACAGAAGGGAAUAUUUCCUCAACAAUCAAAAGAAUAAUUCAAGUGAGGAAGCAGACAGGAAGGGUGACGUUUGCACGAACUGUCCUUUGCCAUCCGGUAUUUCCUAAGGUUUACACCAUUUGAUGAAGUGCAUCCUUACUGAUCUGGCACUGGCGGCUCCCCCAUUUUAUGGUACUAUAUUAUUCUGCAGAGUUUUUAUAUAAUAAAUGCUGUCCGUGUGACUAGAAUACAUCAUGUGGCUUCAAGAGUGUGAAUAGAAAUGCAACAUAUUUAUUCCUUUCAUAAUUAAAUCCACAUAAAACAAAUUUAUUUGAAGGGGAGUCAGCACCUAUUGAUGAAGACAAUGGUUAUUCUAUUGAAAUGGACUGAGAGAAACCCACAAGAACAUCCCUUCCGAAAAGCUCUUAGAAACAAAAUUCUCUCAUGGACCCAGUAACGAGAUCCAGUUGAAAAUAACAAUAACUUCAGUUGUGAAUGCGUCUAAAGUGACACCAGAAGAAACAUUUGAGGGAAUGAAUACAAAUUCUUCUGAACACAGGAUUACCAGGGGAUUUUGCGCAAAUGUUUUACUCAGAAUUAUAUAGAGGACAACGAUCACAGUAGAGGUAGAUUUGAUUGAUAUGAAAAGCAAAGAGGAAACAAAAAAUAGAAAAACUGCAACCAUAAAAUUAGCAGGAAAAAGUGCCUUAUCCAGAUUGACUGACCUUCACAGGGAAAACAAACACACACAAGAUCCAUUCACAUUUCCUAAGAAUUUGGUGUAUCUUGUUAUGGAAAUCUACAAAAAAACGUGUAUUCAAAUUAAGAGUAUUUCCUUAAGAUGGUGUGUUGAGGCCAUGUUUAGCGGUUACAAUGGACUUCAUACUUUUGUUUAAAAUCCACUUUAAUAACCUGGAUGUCCCCAGUGUGCCGGACAGAGUAAAAAACUUGACCACUCAAGUGUUCCUCUUCCUUCUAAUAAAAUCGUGAAUGCCGGGUUGGCAUGUACAGUAGAUCUAUGGAAUUUAAGUUCAACAAGGGUAACAUUAGGACCCUUUCUACUGUUGUGUUUAAACAAUGUGAGUAAAUAUCUCUGGAAUCAUCUUAUCUCUUACCCCAAUGAAAAAUAAUUAUUGUACUACCAAAUGCUUUUAUUUGAAAUUGUAAUGUCUUCUGAUAGUAAAAAUCAAGCAAAUGUGUUUAAAUCAAAAUUGCAAUAACUGGAUGCCUAGUUCAUAUUUUUGUAUUACCACUUAUCAAGUUAUUAAUAAGAUAUGAAUAUUAAAGUUUAGGACUAUAUUUGUCAA